ACAGCGAUGCGAUACCUCCGCCAGUGUCGAGUUUAUUCGCAGUCUCUCCCAUUCAUAAUUGCUUUUCGUCCUGACGUCAGAGAACCCAGCACCUGCCUGAGUGCUUACGCGCAGGCGUGAGAGAAGAAAAAAAAAAGUUCGUCUGAGCGAGCUCCAUAUCCACCGUUCGUCACCUUUCACCAGCGGAGAGGGGAGUAACGUUUGGGGGGGAUUAAAGAAAACAAUCUGGAAACACCGUCAAAGAAUUGACGUGUGGGACACGGAUGUCUGCGAGUAACUGUAACUAUCAACUGCGGUCGGAGGAAACGUGCGAACGGUUACGAGUGCGCGGAAGUUUGUGUUUACUGAUGUUAUAAUAGCUAGCUGGUUGGCCCUGUUAGCUUGUUAGCGAGGAAGGAAUGCUGGACUUCACAAUUCACGACUAGCACAACUUAACGGGCAAGUUGAACAACUGACAUGUUGCGGUUUAUGUCCUAGCAUUAAACAAAAACGGUUUGGUAGAUGUUGCGGUUAGUUGCUGAUUUGGCAAACUGUUAGUUAACGUUUGUGCGAGCCACGAGCUUGGAAUCUUGUGGGGUCGUGUCACAGUCAAACAGCACUGAUACAUGAGAGGAAACGCGUAUUGAGUCUUGAUCUUACAGGCUCGCAACAUCGGACCCGCGACCCGUCCUCUCCAUCGGACCUUGUUCAUCGUCUUCUGCCGUGAUGGGCCCCCUCUUCAGCUAGUGCGACGCGUGGAAACAAUCUGCAGCCCUCUCACCAUGGGCGGAUGUGUGGGGAGAUACUGGGAAGGCUGGGAGGACACACAGAGCCGAGGCUCGUCCAGGAACGGCGGACGAGGAGGACGCAACGAGCCUCUGAAGAAAGACCGUCCCAAGUGGAAGAGCGACUACCCGAUGACGGAGGGCCAGCUGCGGAGCAAGCGGGACGAGUUCUGGGACACGGCGCCGGCCUUCGAGGGCCGCAAGGAGAUCUGGGACGCCCUGAAAGCCGCAUCCGUGGCCUUGGAGGGCAGCGACCAUGAGCUGGCCCAGGCUAUAGUGGAUGGGGCCAGCAUCACACUGCCACAUGGAACUCUCGCAGAGUGCUACGACGAACUGGGGAACCGCUACCAGCUGCCCGUCUACUGCUUGGCUCCGCCUAUCAACCUCAUCUCAGAGCGCAGCGACGACGACCCCAGCGAUAGCCCCGAACCUCCUGUGGCACCCAAGAAGGAGUUCCAGCUCAAGGUGCGACUGUCGUCGGGCACGGACCUGCGCCUCAGCGCCAGCAUGGCUGACACCAUCGGGCUGCUGAAGAAGCAGCUGCAGGCCCAGGAGGACAUCGACGCCGGCCACCAGCGCUGGUUCUUCUCCGGGAAGCUGCUCACGGACAAGACGCGGCUGCAAGACACUAAGAUCCAGAAGGACUUUGUCAUCCAGGUCAUCGUCAACCCGCAGGCCCUCCAAGGCCCCAAGCUGUCACCCACCACCGGCGCCACUGCCACCACCACCAUCAUCACCGCCGCCUCCUCGCCUGCGUCUGAAUGACCAGGGAUGCAGAGGAUGGACGGAGGGGUGGGCUAAAAGACCAGAGCUGCCUCCUAUUGCUGGAUAACUUUUUGAGAUCGGCUACCGUUGUUGAAUCAAAAUUGUACCGUGGAGGAACGAAACUACUUUAGGGCGGAAAAAAAACAUGAGGGAGAACCUCAUGAAAGUGCGUCUCUUUCAUCUACCAUGAGUCAUUAUAUUUUCUGGGGGGGGGGAGUGACUCUUUAAGUGAAUCCAGUCUCCACUCUAACUCUGGAGAUCCUCGUCCCCUUGUCUCUAUGAACUAUCUCGAAUUAAAAGCAGAACUUCUUGUCAUUCUGGUGUGCAGCCUUUUUGACCACAUGCCAAACGGGCACAUCAUGCUGCAGACUCCGCCUCUGCCCUUUUUUUUAUCUGCACUAAUGCUAAAAGUGCCAAUGGACGAAAUGCGGAGGCGUUUGUGUCGGUUCUAAAGCACAUUUCUACUAUGGACUCUGCACUUCUUUUCUCCUCCACAGAAAUGUAAGGGGAAGGAUAGAUAGUGAGAUAUUAAGACCCCCCCCCCCCACCCCUUCUUUUAUGUUAUCGAGAAAACAAUGUAAACUGAGCUUUUUUGCACAUUUGAGGGUUAUUAUUAUACUUUCGUGGUAGUUUGUGUGCCUUCUACAAGACGAAACAAACAAAAAAGUUUAUGUCCGGCAAGACGCUAGUUUUACCGCUAGGCUAACCCUUCUGCAUUUUUUUUAGAUUCAGGAACUCUUAGAUCAAUCCAAGCUAUAACCGCUGCCUUUUAAAAAAAAAAAAAAAAAAAAAAAAAAAAAAAAGAUUUCAUGAAACUUACAGACAAAACAUUUGGCGUGCGGGUGCUGUUCGGUGUGUGUGUGUGUGUGUGUGUGUGUGUGUGUGUGUGUGUGUGUGUGUGUGUGCGCGUGUGUGUUGUAGGCAAAAGUGUGUUUGGAUGACAUUUCAGUUUGACGUAGCUGUUUCCCUGGUCAUAGCUUUGCAGUCAAUCAUAUCAUUUUGUUUUCGGAAAGAAAAAAAGAAUUGGUCUUAAAAGCUGCUUUGUUGACCACUUAAUGUCCACUAGGGGGCAGCAACACAGCCCUGAUAGAUUCACGAGAGCUCGUUGUUCUUUUUCUCACCACCCGAUGAAUGUAAAUCCAGUAUUCUUUUGCUCAACGGAGCCGGCAGUACUAGCGCCUCGGACAGGAAGUCAUUUGUUUUAGAGUUGAUAUCAAAAAUAUUACUUAAAGGGACGCUAUGAUUUCAAAGCAGUAAAAGUUUAUUAUUUUUUUUUAUAUAUACAAUGUAUCAUUUCACUUACUUUUCAAAUGACAGCAUCCUUGUGAGCGCUGUACCGCUGCACAGACGUCAGGCCUUUUUGUGCAAAGGGAGGGACGCUGUUGGGGACAACUCUCCAGACAUUUGGUGACUGUUCGCUCGCUUGAGCACAAACAUUAAAAUUGACCACUUUUACUGUUUUUAAAUUUGCUGCCAGGUGAGUUCUAAAGGUAGGGAAGUGGCUCAGUGGGACACGUGACAUUGCUCGGACAAAAGGAACAAUGCAUUAAAAAUGGAGGGUUAACUUCAGUUGAUAGUCUUUGUGCCCGUUCCUCAGUUAGUACAUUGAGCAGCUUUUCGCCCGUAAUGUAGAAGCACAGCUGUGGAGGCUGCGACUGACCGUUGUUGCUCAGCAAAGAUAAUUGUUUUGAAUUGCUCCACCAGCGUCGUCACCGACCACAGCGGCCGCCAGAGGAAAGAAACACAAACACAAUUGCCUUGAAUUCAUGCCGGCCGCUCGUAGUCGAAGCUCCCUUUGGGCCCGUAAAACACGGUGGCUACGUUCACUCUGCAGCUCAAGUUGCACCGUUUGAGCUGCAGUCACAUGUGUAUGACGUAUCGGAUUUUUUUGUCUGAGCACUGUGGCUUCUGACACAACUGGGAACACGAAUACCACCCCCCCUUUAGUAAGUAGUUUCAACAAUUUUUGAGGGGUUUCAACUAUCCUGAAAGAAAAUUGAAAGUUUCCAGUGGCUCAUCUGAUCUCGACUGGAAUGUGUCCAACACACUUUUAUCUUUACAUGCAUUUUUCUUUUUCUUUUUUUAGAGCUGCAAAAUUAUUCUAUUGAACUUGUGAAACUUUAUACGUGUUUUUAUUUUUUAUUGGACUCUUGUAUUUUAUAUCUUAUCAUUUUGUGAACCUUUUUGAAGCAUAAACAACAACAAUCCGUUGUUGUUGUUGUUGUUGUUAAUCGCACAGCUUGAAGGUACCUCUUAGAGCUCUCAAAGAAGGGAAUUCAAACCGCAUGUAUUCUGUCCCAAAGAGCAGCGAAGCAGAAACCGCUUCUCUGUACGUCUGUCGCUUCCAGGUCAUGUUGGCGUCAGAUCUGGGUUACAUCCCAGAAUAGAGAUUCAAGGUUGAGAAUCCAGACCUGCUUUGUGGAGUGUGUCCUGCACUGUUCCCAAAGGUUUACACACUAGUCUGUAGCUUGAUGUGCAUUGUUUUGAUUCUCUGCUCCCGUCACACAGCUCUCCAGCGGUAUGAUCACGGAGGGGAUGAGGUGAAGCCAUCGGGAGUAAAACCUAACUGAGCCACAGCGCCCCGUGUCGCAAAUGUUUAAAUACGAAUCGACAUGUUGCGUCUCUUUUGAGGUCGAGGCCUCGGAGCUCAUCACAAUCGCCCUCUCGUCACUUGUUCUUGUGUUAUGUUUCUUAACUGUCGUACGCAAACUUGAAUCAGCAUUUCUCUCCGUAUGUGCAAUACUGUAGACGUAGACCUCACAUCCUGUGUGUUUUUUGUUCCUGGACAGAUUUCAUAGAGCACCAGCUACGAGUGUUGUCAAAGAAAUGUCACACUACAGGUAAAAAAAAAAAAAAAAA